AUGGCUACCGGUGACACCGCGCUGUCGUUGGCUCUCUCGAGCCCCCCUCCGCCUCUGCUACAACACAGCCCCAGCGAUGUUUCAAGCCCACUCAGUGACGUGGAAGACAAGCAUGGAGACCCCGAUGACAUGGAUUUGGACAUGAACAGUAACCACUCUCAACAUCGCGAGGCAUCGGUCCGAACUGACAAUCGAGAUGCCGCCGACUCGGACCUUGGCGCCGAGACUGACGACGAGAGCAAGCUGUCGGAUGUGGAUAUUAAUGACUCCGAGGCAGAGACAGAAAGGCUUUACGAUACACCACCGAAAGAUCGGGUAUCGCGCGACAUCGUGGACACCGCGGGUGAGCCCGGAACUCGACAAUUCACCGACCGCCGCGAUCGGACGUUCGAGCGCAGCCCCAGCAAGCUUCAACAGCAAAUCAAAGCUGAUUACGAACCCGAAAACACCGCCAGUGGGCGAAACACACCCUCAGAAGAGGCAGAAGAGGCCGACGAAGAUGCAUCCGAAGAGCUGAGCGAGGAAGAGCCUGAAGAGCCCGAAUCCGCUGCCGAACUACCACCUGUACGAUCACCCGUGCUGGCGAAGAAGAUACAAGUAGUUUCCGCCUCAACCGAAACAGUCCUUACACUAUCUCCCCGACAUGAUACCCUGAAGCGGAAACGCUCCUCAAUUACCGAGCAGCAAGAUCUCGUCCAACCGCUCAAGAAGCGGGCCGACUCAAAUACCUCGCCCGAAGAGCUCUCAGCCGAUGACGUGCCUGUUAUUGACAUCGAGGUCAUCUUAACGAACCCCGAAAGCGGCAAUCAAACUACCGAGGAAGAUAAUAAUGACGAGCCAGUCACCACGGUCGGUGCCGAUAGCGCAGCGAAGGAUGAAACGGAGCCCGCGGAGGCGAUCGAAGAAGACGCGACAGAUGGUCGGACCAAAAAAGGAAAACGCGGUGUUAUGAAGAAAAGAAAGAGCCCGACGCCUAACGUACCAGGUGGAGAUGAGGUUGAAGAGAUGCACGCCGACGCUUCUGCUGACGCAGAUGUCGUUGCCGUCGAAGAGUCCGCGGCGCAAGCUGAAGAGGACCAAAUGGACGAUGUCGAUGAGGAGGCUGAAGCAGCCCACAGAAACGAAGAAGAGCUAGAGCGAAAGAAGACCGCCUGGGAGGAGCUUACAGCAAUUGAGAAGAAUUUCAACAGUUUCCGGGAGCGCCUAUAUCAGGAACGUCUAGAGUUGCUCAAUCAGGAAGAAGCCAUGCUUACCUGCGAAAACCCCACCCAUCCUGAGUAUCUUGCGAUGUUACAGUGUCUGAAUUCCCGACGGGAGGAAAGGAUAAAGACCAGCACACUCGAGUUACAAUUCAGAAUGGCGAUGCUUCAGAGGCGCGCUGUAGCAGAACGAGCACAGAUCUUGUCACAAUACCACCAAGCCGUGCGCGAGUCGCGCGAAAAGGUGCUCGAGGAACUUGGCCAGGAAUGGUACGAUAUACAACAAGAGCGCAGACGGUUUGCCAACGCCAUACCCGACUACGGAAUCCAUUACCCCGCCGCCAAAACGCAGAGUAUUCGCAAUGCUGUUGCGUACAAUAAGGAAGUGUCGAUUCUGUCGGGCUUUGCCAAACACGUUGGAUUCCCUGCUGCGCCACCAAUACAUGGCGCAUCGGAGGAUCAGGUGGAAAACGAUCUCGAAGCUAUAGCUCGAUCUCGCGAGCCUGCCCCUCGGCCUAUACCAAACUAUCCUCCUGCUUUCCACCAAGAGUAUUCCUCCGCCGGGCUUCCGUUUGGUCGAACCCCCCUGGGUCCAGCCGGAGAACAAUUUAUCGAACAAACACCUUGGGCGAACCCAAAUCACCCGGCCCAUCAGAUGCAGCGGCAACAAUUACAUCACGAGGUGCCUUUUGCUGGGCCUCCCUCUGGACCACGACACCACUCUCAACAGCCUAUGGCCCCUAUACCACAAAUGGAUUCGUUUGCGAUUAACGGGGACGCGCACCCGGCUCAUCUACAAAAGGGGCAUGGUACUGGUGCUCAUGAGCCAGUGAAGAGCGCCAAACUUGGGCCAGAACAGGCAAUGAAGCGGGAGGGCGUGCCUCAGGCUUCAUGA